AUGACUUUCCAGCUGUGCUUUUCAAUCAUUGAACUGAUAACUCAAACUUAUCUAGGAAAUAAAUUAGCUUCUAAAUGCUUAAGAGUCAGAAAAUUAUGCAAAGCUAUUCAAAGCUCAGGUAUUUCAUUUAUGUAUGAAACUCUUAUUAAACAUUUGAAAUUGGAAUGUGUAAGAGUUGUAAACGUUUGCUUUGAACAGAAAUGUCCACAAAGACCACAACAAAUGCCUGUUUGA